UCAAUAAAAGGUGUGAUUCGCCGACAUGUCCAGGUGUUUCACGUCCUGUGCUGAUUGUCUUUCCGUUGCAAUGACACAAAACUGACCACACAGUGGCGCCAUUGCACCGUGUCCAGGAACGUGGCCCCUGCGCGGCGCCACAUUUGGACAUGUUGCGCACAUCACCGUCCCCUGGUCUGACACACGAGUCUGCCUCCACCGCCUGCUCUCCCGUCCUGUGCCACUUAUCAAACUGUUAUUGCACAGCAGAUGGGAAGCGCUUCAUUUGUUUAAAUCCUCGCCACCGACCACGAGGAAAAAGAAAAAGGAAAAGACACAGUGCGAUGGUUUUUACAAGGGAAUCAAUGGCGGCAGUAAAAAUGGAUUGAUGUGGAGACAAUUAAAGAGAAAGUGGACAUAUUUUUGAUCACUUAUUAAUGGGUUCCCAAAAAGUCCGCAUCGAUCCCAUUGAUUGGUUGUAAACUUGAUUGAAAGGGCGGCCUGUGAUUGGUGCAAUUAGAUGGUGAUUUGGUGAGGGUGAGGUGGAGAGGGGGGCGGUUUCGUGCGCAGGUUUUUGCGUUUGUUGUCGGGAGUCGUGAGUGCGUUGUCCCUCUCCAGCUCCGACACCCAGGGGAGCUGCUUACUGCUUUGAGGAGAGAGGGGAGUAACGGAGAGAGGGUGUAGAAGGAGGCAGCAGGAGCAGCAGCACCUCCACGGGGGAAAAAAGGGCUGGUUUGACGCGCACAGAAGUAGUGCGGGAGCGCGCGGCGCAGCGAACGCAGGCUGCCUGCUUCUCUCUUUUUUUGUCCACUAAACAAGUGCAGGAUUCUGGGGGAGACAAACAUUUCCACCUGCCUCUCUGUCACGACGGACGCACUUUCCAAACCCACAACCUCCGUCUUUCUAAGUGUCAUUUUUGAGGAUUUUCAUUUUUUUCCCCCGAAAUCUUUCACCAUCCUUUGGAAUACCACAUCUCACUCCAAGAGGAUUGGCUUUUUUUUUUUUUUUUUUUUUUUUGGGAUAGGAAGGGGAAAAAACUGCUGAGCUCCGCAAGGAAGUUGCCUGAGGCGAGCAGAGACUCUGAAGACUCCGGAGGAGAAGGAGGAGGACGAGGAUGGAGCUGUUCCCAGCAUUCCUCACUCACUCUCGGAUGGAUUUGAUUUUCUGAAGGCUCCGUCGGAGGAUGUGACUCGUGGAUUUAAGACUCGACUCCUCCACUAGAGUUCUCCAAAAAAAACCUGCCCUGGUGAUUUCUUUUUUUCUGCUGAAAUCUCUUUGAGUCACUUCUGGAAUAUGAUCAGCUCAUGGGGCUCAGCUACCGCCACACCUGGGGUCCACUCCCCCUAUCUUUUUGACGACUAGGAAGGCAGUACUUACUAUAAAUCUUUAUUUUUUUGGACCACGUGAAACCUUUGACCUGGACUGAGACCACCUGAGUGUUAGUCUGUUGUUGUCCAACCAUGGAGCGUCAGUGGAAACCACGUUCCUCCCCACAGUCCCGCUCCUUCAUCCUCUUGUUUGUGGCUAUUUCCUACACCGCGCUCCUUCCCGGCGCCUCCUCUCAGCGAGUGCCCACGGACCCCCAGGCGGCGCCGGAGUACGCCCACUCCAUCCGACUGGACGGAGACAUCAUCCUCGGAGGAUUAUUCCCCAUACACUCCCGCGGUGAUCGUGGGACGCCCUGCGGAGAGUUGAAGAAGGAGAAGGGCAUCCACCGCCUGGAGGCCAUGAUGUUUGCCAUCGACCUGAUCAACAAGGACCCUGAACUGCUGCCCAACAUCACCCUGGGGGCCCGCAUCCUGGACACCUGCUCCAGGGACACCUACGCGCUGGAGCAGUCCCUGACUUUCGUGCAGGCCCUGAUUGAGCGGGACGGUUCUGACGUCCGCUGUGCCAAUGGAGAUCCUCCCAUCUUCACCAAACCCGAUAAGAUCGUGGGAGUGAUCGGAGCCGCGUCCAGCUCUGUGUCCAUCAUGGUGGCCAACAUCCUGCGGCUGUUCAAGAUCCCCCAGAUCAGCUACGCAUCCACAGCCCCGGAACUGAGCGACAACACUCGCUACGACUUCUUUUCCCGCGUGGUGCCGCCGGACUCCUACCAGGCCCAGACUAUGAUGGACAUCGUCACGGCGAUGGAGUGGAACUACGUGUCUACCCUCGCCUCGGAGGGCAACUACGGAGAGAGUGGGGUGGAGGCGUUCAUUCAGAUCUCCAGAGAAACUGGUGGCGUCUGCAUUGCCCAGUCCUUGAAAAUACCCCGGGAGCCAAGACCAGGGGAGUUUGACAAGAUCAUCAGACGCCUGCUGGAGACCUCCAACGCCAGGGCCGUCAUCAUGUUCGCUAAUGAGGAUGACAUUCGCCGAGUUCUGGAUGCAGCCAAGAGAAACAACCAGACAGGUCACUUCCUGUGGGUGGGAUCUGACAGCUGGGGGUCCAAAAUCUCUCCUGUGAUUGGCCAGGAGAAAGUGGCCGAGGGCGCCAUAACGAUUCUCCCCAAGCGAGCGUCUGUGGACGCAUUCGACCGGUAUUUCCGCAGCCGCUCGCUGUCCAACAACAGACGGAACGUCUGGUUUGCUGAAUUCUGGGAGGAAAAUUUCAACUGCAAGCUGGGGAUGCACGGGAAGCGACCUGGCAGCCUGAAAAAAUGCACAGGUUUAGAAAAAGUUGGCCGGGACUCCAGCUACGAACAGGAGGGGAAGGUGCAGUUUGUGAUGGACGCCGUCUACGCCAUGGCUCACGCCCUGCACCGCAUGCACCGUGAGUUCUGCUUCGGCUACCCCGGCCUCUGCCCCCGCAUGGCCAAUAGCAUCGAUGGCAAAGAGCUACUCAGUCACAUACGUGCCGUGAACUUCAAUGGAAGUGCUGGUACACCAGUGGUUUUUAAUGAGAAUGGAGAUGCUCCUGGAAGAUAUGAUAUCUUCCAGUAUCAGAUCACCAACAGAUCCAUCGCCGAGUACAGAGUUAUUGGCUCCUGGACCAAUAAACUACACCUUAAGGUGGAGGCCAUGCGCUGGAGGACGGGCGACCCGACUCUCCCUUCAUCAGUCUGCAGCGUCCCAUGUCGGGCGGGCGAGAGGAAGAAAGUAGUUAAAGGUGUUCCUUGUUGCUGGCACUGCGAGCGCUGCGAUGGAUAUCACUUCCAGGCUUCAGAGUUCACCUGUGAGCUGUGCCCGUAUGAAAUGCGACCAGACGCCAACCGCACCGGCUGCGUCCCCAUUCCCAUCAUCAAGCUGGAGUGGCACUCCCCCUGGGCCGUGGUUCCCGUUUUUCUCUCCAUGCUGGGAAUCAUCGCCACCUCCUUCGUCAUCGUCACCUUCGUGCGCUACAACGACACCCCUAUUGUGCGAGCGUCGGACCGGGAGAUGAGCUACGUGCUCCUGACGGGGAUCUUCCUCUGCUACGCCAUCACCUUCCUGAUGAUCUCUACGCCCGACGUGGGAGUGUGUUCCUUCAGGAGGAUUUUCCUGGGCUUAGGGAUGUGUUUCAGCUACGCCGCUCUGCUCACAAAGACUAACAGGAUACACCGCAUAUUUGAACAAGGGAAGAAGUCCGUAACAGCGCCCAGGUUCAUCUCUCCUGCCUCCCAGCUGGUCAUCACCUUCUCCCUGAUCUCAGUUCAGCUCCUGGGAGUCUUCGUCUGGUUCGCCACGGAUCCUCCCCAUACCGUCGUGGACUUUGGUGAGCAGCGCACCCAGGACCCCAUGUUGGCCCGCGGCGUCCUUAAGUGUGACAUCUCCGACCUGUCACUCAUCUGCUCCCUGGGCUAUUCCAUCCUGCUGAUGGUGACGUGCACAGUUUACGCCAUCAAGACGCGAGGGGUUCCCGAGAAAUUCAACGAGGCCAAGCCCAUUGGAUUUACCAUGUACACCACCUGCAUCAUCUGGCUGGCGUUCAUACCCAUCUUCUUUGGCACGUCACAGUCUGCAGAGAGGAUGUACAUCCAAACCACCACACUGACUAUCUCCCUCAGCCUGUCGGCCUCCGUGUCCCUGGGGAUGCUCUACAUGCCCAAGGUGUACAUCAUCCUCUUCCGCCCGGAUCAGAACGUACCCAAGCGUAAACGGAGUUUCAAGGUUGUGAAUCAGCACACAUCUCUCAUCGUGACCACACAGGCUAUUGUGACAGCUGCCACCAUGUCUGGAAAACUGACUCAGAAAGGCGGAGAUCGUCCCAAUGGAGAGGUGAAAACGGAACUGUGUGAGAGCAUGGAGACCAACAGUGAUCUCAUCAACUAAGACGACAUACGUCAACUACAGCAAUCAUGCCAUCUGAUAGAACAACAGGAGACGGAGAAGGGGAUUGGACUGGGAAAGAGGUGGUGCCUUUGGGCGGGGCUGAGCAAAAGAAGCAAAAGAAAGAAGAUGAAGAUGAUGAAGAUGGUGAAGAAGACGAAGAAGCUGUGAUUUACAUAAAGCCCAUGUAACUGAAUGAAAGGAAGAGCUCCCACAGGAAUUCAAGCAUGAGACAUUUUGUAAUGUUCCACAUCCAACCCACAGAGAGUCGGGACCGCAUAAACAGCCAAUCGGUGUGCCUGCUUUUCUGCUGCUCACAGCUCAUUGGUCCCACCAUGAACUUAACUGUUGAAAAAAAUAAAAACGAGAUGAAAUUAAAAAAAAAAGUGACAUACCAUAGGACACUGUGGUGGACAGAGUAACUAUUACACUUCAGAAAAAUACAAAAAGAAUAAAAAAUAAAAUAAAAAAGUGAAAACAUGAUGAAAAAAUGUACAAAUACAAUAUAUCUAAAAGGACAA